ACAUAGUUGACGGCUGCCCCCCGCUGAGUCGUGUGCACAAACAAUCAUGGACACUGCAGUAGGCUUGACGGACGCCAACCAGGUCUUGGACCUGGCAAACAUUCGUUCGACGCUCAUCCGUAUCGAAGACACCAUCACCAUCUACCUGAUUGAACGCGUCCAGUAUCCUCUCAACCGUUCCGUCUACGAGCCCGGCGCCAUCCAGGUCCCCGGCAGCCCUCUCAGCUUCUUCGAAUGGCUGCUUUUCGAGCAAGAGAGCCUCCACUCACGCCUCCGCCGGUACCAGGCCCCGGACGAGUACCCAUUCUUUCCCGAAGCCGUGCGAACACCCGUUCUCAAGCCGCUCGACUACCCGCCGGUCCUGUAUCCGAACGAUGUCAACGUCAAUGCCAAGCUGAAGGAGAAUUACAUCAAGCACAUCCUCCCAGCCGCAUGCGCCAAGAGCGAAGGAGGUUCUGAACAGGAAAACAGAUCUCAUUAUGGCUCCACUGCUGUGACCGACAUUGCCUGCCUGCAGGCCCUCUCGCGUCGUAUCCACUACGGCAAGUUUGUCGCCGAGGCAAAGUUCAGGAAAGAGACGGAGCGCUUUGUCAAGCUCAUUCAUGAUAAUGACAAGAAGGGGAUUGAUGAAGCCAUUACCGACGCUGCGGUGGAGAAGAAGGUGCUAGAAAGGUUGCGGUUGAAGGCCACCAACUACGGCAAGGAUCCCGAGAACCCGAAUGACAAACCGACCAAGAUCAAUGUGGAUGCUGUUGUGGAUAUGUAUAGGGACUGGGUCAUUCCAUUGACAAAAGAAGUGGAGGUUGAAUACCUGAUGCAGCGUCUGAAAGGCACUGAAUGGGAAAAGAAAUGAAACCGGACGAGAUUACCCAAGGUGUAAAUACCUACGAAGUACUUAUGGAUGAGAUAGUCGCUACAUGGACGAAAGCCAUUAGACUGCAGUACAGUCCGAUCUCGCUUUGGCGUUCAAUGUUUAUAACGUCGCCUUCUCUGUAACGGCCAAGGUGUGCGAAAGGCCACACAAAACUAAGCGGGAC